AUGUUGACGAUAAUAUGGCGCUGUGUAAAUUUUUAUUUACAUAUCGUAAUACACUGCACGACGGGCCGCAAACCCGCGGUGGCGCUGUUGGGGCGUCGGCUGCGCGGGCGCCUCGACCUGCUACGGCCCGACGUCGGAGAGCGCGUACACAGCGCGCAGCAAGCGGCGGAGGCGCGUGCCAAAGACACGCCUCUACGCGUACAGAAACCCGGUGACCCAAUACUAGUUCGGGACUAUUCCAAACUAGGAAAUAAGUGGGCUGAGGCAGUAGUGUUAGAGAGACCCGGCCCCGUUUCGUAUAUUGUCAAAACUGUCGAUGGACGUAUACAAAAGCGACACGUUGAUCAAAUUCUAGGUGAUAGUCGGCGUAGCAAGGCACGCUUUUCUUUAGCACAAAUACAUAAAGAACCCGACAGUGGAAAAGAAUCGUGUAACCUAUCCGACACCGCUUCGGACUGCGUUAGAAAUAUAAACACACCGUUAAUUAAUAACAAGGAAGUGUCGCAGCGAGAUCGUUGCGAGGAAGAAGUGAAAGAGAGUCAGGAGGAUACGGAACCUGAAGUACCUAUUAUUAGAGCGCGUCGCAAGGCGGCGAUGCAUAGA